CCCGUGUCCCGUAGUCGUCUCCUCUCCGCUUCGCUCAUCAGCUGCGCCUGCGGCGUCGUCAGCCAGCGGCAAGAAACAAAAGCGCCGCGAUAAGUCCGUUCGUUGAAGGCAGGCAGCCAUGAUCCCUAGGACGUCCUCGGUCUCGGCGGCGGCGGCGCCCUCGCCGCCGGCGUGGCAAAGCGCCAGCAGCAGCGACGGCAUGUUCCCGGCCCCGGGUAGCUCGGGGCAGCAGCAGCUGGCCAUCAGCAACGGGGUGCUCCUCGCCGCCGUCAUCUUCCUCUUCAUGGUCGUCGUCUUCGUCUUCCUCCUCUACCUCUACGCCAAGCGCUACCUGGGCGCGAACCCGCUGCUGGCGCCGUCGUCGCCGUCCUCGCGGUUCCUCUUCGUUGCCGCGUCCCCGCUCCCGCAGCGCGGCCUGCCCGCCUCCGUCCUGCAAUCCCUCCCCGUCACCGUCUACGGCUCCCCCGGCGGCAAGGACAAGGACGCGCUGGAGUGCGCGGUGUGCCUGUCCGAGGUGGGCGACGGCGAGAAGGUGCGGACGCUGCCCAAGUGCUCCCACGGGUUCCACGUGGAGUGCAUCGACAUGUGGUUCCAUUCCCACGACACGUGCCCCCUCUGCCGCGCCCCCGUGGGCGACCUCGACGCGCUGCCGCGGGAGGAGCCCUCCGGCGCGCCGCUGGAGUUGCCCGUGUUCCCCACCAACGUCCUGUUCUGGGGCACCCACGACGAGGUCACCAACGCCGGGCUCGUCGCGCCGCCGCGCGCCGCCCCGUCGGCCAGCUCCUCGGCCUCCGGGCGCAGGAAGGAGAACCUGGUCAUCGACAUCCCGACGCGGGCCGUGGCCACGACCACGACCACGCCGCCGCCCGCCAACUCCCCGCUGCCGGCCAGCCGGAUGCCCGGGAGCGCCGACGAGAUGCGGUCCCCGGUGUCCGCCAGGCUGCGGUCGCUGCGCCGGCUGCUGAGCAGAGGAAAGCAGGCCAUGGUCGGCACCUCCUCCUCCUACAGCCCGCGCGACAUCGAACAGGGGCUCGCGGGGGGCGAGGCCGCCGCCGCCGCCACCGCCCGCCCGCCAAAGACUCCGAAGACGCCUCCGUCGGCGCACGCGCACUGAUCCAUCCAGAUCCCCCCCAUCCCGAGCUCUGCUCCGGGACGCAUUUGGCCCGACUCGCCGAUCGCCGGAGCGCGCGCAGCGCAUGCGUUCAUUCUUUCUUCUUCCCCCUUUUUUUUCUUUUACCUUUCAUGAUUCGAAAAAGGAGUUUUUUGGUUCGAAAAUUCCUAUGUAAACAGAGGAAAAUAUUGGUGUUGAUUGGUUGCCGUUGGUGGUGGGGAUGAAUGGUGAAUUUGUUCAUAUGU